AGUGGUGAAACGCGCGUUGCUGCACGGACUACGGCUGGUCCGCACUCGGAUCGUGCUGCACUCACCACACCUCGACGAGCGUUCGUUUGAAAGCUGCUCGUGCUCCAGAAAAGAUGACGGGACAAAUUUUGCUUCACCUCGCCCUGGUCGCUGCUUCAGCGACCGCCGUGCAGUCAGCAGCAGUUGUGAGUCCAUCCAUCAAGCAAGCGGAGGAACACGUACGCGAGCUCACCCGUCUCUUAGACAACAUCAAAAAUACCAUACAGCCGAGGCAUUGCAGCGAUCUUUUGAAUGCUGGUCAGACGAAAAGUGGCGUGUACACAAUAUUCCAUAAGUCAGCAGGUUCGUCGGGGCAGGCUGUCUACUGCGACAUGACAACAGACGGCGGGGGUUGGACGGUAAUACAGAGGCGGGGACAGUUUGGCAACAGCGUGUACCACUUCUACAGAAAUUGGACGGAAUACGCCAAGGGAUUUGGGGAUCCUAGCGAAGAGCACUGGAUUGGAAACAAUGCUCUGCGUGCACUGACGUCGGAUAAUGGCGACAUGUUGCUUCGAGUAGUGCUGAAGAAUAACACCGCAGACAGUGCCUCUGUAGACUACGAGAGUGUGAGUGUGGGAGACGAAGACAAUCUAUACAAGCUGCAAGUAGGGAAGUUCCUCGGUCCAGAAGGUUGGGACGCUAUGGUCCAUUCCAACGGCCAAAAUUUUUCCACGUAUGACCGCGACAAUGAUUCCGGACCUGCGAACUGUGCGGUCUUGUAUCGGGGUGGUUGGUGGUACAGCCAGUGUCAUGCAGCUAACCUCAAUGGCUUAAACCUGAACGGACCGCAUGACAGCUACGCAGACGGGAUCGAGUGGAGCGUGCGGGACGGACCAGCUCGCCUGUACCACUAUUCCUACCCAGUCGUUGAAAUGAUGAUCAGGCCAGCCACGUCGACACUUGACCGAAGAAGCCUUCCGCCAUUGUCUUAAUCUCAUUGUGUACGUAUUACAGAUCAGGUGUCUACCAA